AUGUCUCCAUGUCUAAGCGUACUACAUCUUUUUGUGAAAAUAUUUAGCAAAAUUAUACCCACCCAUGCCUGCAAAUUGACGCGAACUCUGCCGCAUUCCAAGAAGUAUCAGUUCAGAACUGACCUUCCCCCAACGCAGAGUACAACGCAACACCUUUCAGACCGCUUGAACCCGCAGUCAGUUGUGCAAGAGAACCAUUCCACGGGCUCAGCUGGAACGCGGACCAACUCGAAGAUCAUUCCCUCUUCUCAGCCGAGACAUCAUUGGGACUCUUCGAUACGGCGGAGACCGAGCAAGAGCAGGCAGGAAGGGGGCAAUCUGCAACAGGAGGAAGUUUAG